AUGUGGGCCAAAGAGCGAGCCCCUACAGCUGAUCAGUGUGAUCAUAGGUCACUAGGAAAGAACAGCAAACCUAACCUCACAGUCAACAGAACCAGCGUCAUAGAGAAUGACACUUUGGACUUCACAUGUGGCACAGAACAGGCGGAGAGGAACAUUCUGUGGUUCUUCAAUAACAUAUCCCUGAUUCUCAAUGAGAAGAUGAAGCUGUCCAUGAAUAACCAGACCCUCACCAUCCUGUCUGUGAAGAGGAAGGGUGCUGGGUCCUAUCAAUGUGAAAUCCGGAAUUCAAUCAGUUCCAACAGAAGUGACCCCAUUAUCCUGGUUGUGAACUGCAAAGAAGAGCCCAGCUCUAAAGAGAGACCUCAGCUUCCAGAGAAGGAGGAGGGGACCAAAGUGGCUCCGGGCUGCCCCCAGGACAGCCAGCCUGGAGGCAGCAGGGACACCUCCAGGGCCCGGAUUCCCGAAACACCCCCACUGAGCUCCCAGCAGCCCCCGGCAGGCAGAGCAGCCCCCCCCUUCUGUAGGGACAGCUUGUGGCCUUGUGCCCGGAGGGCAGAGGGACCCUGCUAUCUGCCUUCCUCCCCCCUCAGCCUCCAUCCUCAGCUGCUGGAUCCAGCCAAGUCUCUCAGGUCACUGUUGUUCCAAACCUCCUAUGGGGAAGUGAACCCAAAAGCCUUGACCGGGGCUUUGGUGGGUUUCCUUAUACUUGGGAAAAAGAUUGAAUUCCAACAGGAUCGUCACACGUUGCAACUGAGGCAGGACCCUGGGGCAUCCGGAGAAAACCCCAACGGCUCCCUGCUCAUCCCUGACCUCACCCUCAGUGACACUGAUGACUACCAUGUAACCAUUGUUAAUUCUCAAGGCAGCAUAAUGGUUGGACAAGGACAUUUAACGGUGUAUGCUAAUGUGUCUCUGAAUCACACUGGAACCUAUACCUGUAAUGCAUCUAACUCUGUCACUGGCUUGUCUAGCAGCAAAGACAUCAAUAUCACAGUCUCUGAAAGAACAACUAAACCUAACCUCACGGUCAACAGAAUCAACAUCACAGAGAAUGACACUUUGGUCUUCACAUGUGGCGCAGAACAGGCAGGAGUGGACAUUCUGUGGUUCUUCAAUAACAAGUCCCUGAUUCUCAAUGAGAGGAUGAAGCUGUCCAUGAAUAACCGGACCCUCACCAUCCUGUCUGUGAAGAGGGAGGACAUUGGGUUCUAUGAAUGCGAAAUCCGGAAUCCAAUUAAUUUCAACAGAAGUGACCCCAUUACCCUGACUGUGAACUGAGUGAUCUGAGUAUCCUCCCUCUCCAGUCCUUUCCCCAGCAGUGAUUCACAUCUCUUCUCUUCUCUUCUUUACACAGAUGGACCAGACUACAUCACGUUUGUUCCAAACCCCGAGAAAGGAGAGAUUGAGGUCAAAUUCAAAGGCUCACUGACGUUAGAGUGCUGUGUUGAGUCUUACCCACCAGCCCAGUAUAGAUGGCAAGUCAAUGGCACGGUAAACCCUGCCUUCUCUAAUAAUACCUAUGUCAUCAAAAAUGCAACUUGGGAAGAUUCAGGAAAGUAUACAUGUCAGGCAAAGAACAAUGUGACCAACUUGUCAGUCUCUAAGAGUAUCACACUUAAGGUGGUUGCAAAACAGUCUAUGGGAGGAAGUAAUGGCUCCUCACUCUCUGGAGGUGCUAUCACUGGCAUUGUGAUUGGAGUACUGGCUGGAAUAAUUCUCAUUGGGACCCUCAUCUAUAUCCAGUUCUUCAGAAAGACUGAAAGGACCAGCAAACACCAGCUUUCAGAGAAGAACCAUUCAGCACGCAAAUAUGAUAACACCCUAUAUGAAAACACUGUUCACCUACCAGGCUCAGCUCUGCCUGCACAGGGCUGGGCUCCUUCCCCGUCUGUUCCUGAAGUCCCACAUGAGAAUCCCUAUGAGGUAUGUGCUCAAAAGUCAAGCCUCACUCCUGGUAACUAAGGAUAAACUUGUUGAUGGGACAGAGAACAGGAACAAGGCCAGAAUGGAGGGUAGUAAAGACAUGGUUUGGAGGGGUAAAGGUCCUCCUAGUCAAAACUUCUAUUCUGGGAUUCCAG